UGUCCAUCUGGCUGGGUUACAUUUGGUGGUUCAUGUUUUUACCUGAGCGGUACAGAACAACAGGUCCCGAGCGACGCGCACAAGGCAUGCCGGACUAUGGGUGGAGACCUCUCAAUAAUCAAAUCAGCCGCUGCAGACAAAUUUAUAUUCGAACUUAUAAAAAAUGGUAAUACAGUCACACCAUUUGGUGCGUGGCUUGGGUUAGAACGAGUUAACGUUAACGCAACCAAGUUCCGUUGGAUUGACGGUACUCCACUGGAAGGAGAGUAUAAGAAUUGGUUUGACAGGGAACCGAACAACCAAGGCUUUAAUGAAGAUUGUGUCAAUAUGUUUGGGAAGUCAAUUGACAACAGAACGACCUCGAGGGCAGAAGGAAAGUGGAAUGACUACCCCUGUGGAUGCCAUAAGAGUCUAAACCUUUGCCCUGUUGUUCUUUGCCAGAGGCCUUUACGGCCAUGA